AUGGCGGAAGCGAAGCCAUCGCGGUCCUUUCGAUCUUUUAUAUGGGAUACCGAUACUCACCUCAAGAGCCCAGAGGAGCGGAAACUCCUGCGGAAAUUAGAUUGGUCCAUCUUGACAAUUGGUUGCGUCGGCUUUUUCAUGAAAUACCUUGAUCAAGGAAACCUCGCCAACGCCUAUGUAUCAGGGAUGCAGGAAGAUCUCGCCAUGUACGGAAAUGAGUAUACCUAUGCUCAGAUGGCCUAUACUUGCGCGUACGCCGUUAUGCAGAUCCCAAGUACCCUUAUUGUUCAGAAGAUUCGUCCGAGUAUAUGGCUAGCCGGUAUGGAGGUGGCGUGGGGAGCCUUCACUUUUGCUCAGGCCGGCCUACAUACUCACGGGCAGCUAUACGCCUUCCGCUUCUUUGUAGGGUUCUUUGAAUCUUCUUUCUUCCCCGUCUUGUUGUACGUGCUGGGAAGUUGGUAUACCAAAACCGAACUCGCGAAAAGGGUUGCUAUAUUCCAUAUGACUGCGCCGCUUGGUUCUGCAUUCGGUGGCUACCUCCAAGCAGCAGUAUACAAGAACUUAGAUGGGGCGCAUGGGCUAGCCGGCUGGCGAUGGCUGUAUAUAGUUUGCGGCUGUAUGACUGUUCCUGUUGGCGUUGCCACGUUCUUCGUCCUACCGGAUACACCAUACACAACGCGGUCCAGGUUCCUCACUUCGGAAGAGUGCCAACUAGCCAUUGAGCGAGUAACUAAGGCAGGUAAAGCAGCUCCGACCGGUGUCAACCUACAAACAUUUAAGAGAGUGUUGACGAAGUGGAGGUGGUACGCUUUCGUUUUUGGCUAUAUCCUGUAUGGCGAAUCAUGCCAAGCCAGUGGAUAUUUCGGCAUUUGGCUCAAGUCUGAAAACUACUCGGUUGUUGAUCGGAAUGUCAUCCCAACGGGCUCGAAGCUGAUAAGCGCCGCAUGCGUGAUUCUGUGGGGAUUUCUAUCUGACUACACCGGUAGUAGAUUCGCUUUCAUCUUGGGACCAUUGAUUUUAGGCUUGAUACCAAAUGGAAUACUAGCAUUUUGGCCGGCGAGCAUUCCCCUAAAAGAAUUUGCCUUUCUCACCAGUAGUAUACACCUGAUGACCGCUGUUUUCUACACCUGGGCCAACGAAAUCUGCGCUGGAGAUAAUGAGGAGCGCGCUUUAGUGAUCAGUAGCAUGAAUGGCUUUCAGUACGCUGUUGAUGCUUGGCUUCCUAUCGUGAUAUUUCCACAAACCAUGGCCCCAACAUUUAGACGCGGGUUUCCGGCUACUUGGGGAUUCGUAAUUGCCGCAAUCUUUGCCGUUGUUCUUAUUAGAGUCUUGGUAUUUAGGGAGCAAAGACUUAAGACCGGCGACAGCUUGGCUGAUUUUGGGGUUGUGACUUAUACCGAAGAGGGAGUCAAUGAUAGCGGAGAUCAAGGAGAGGAUACCAGAGAUAGAAAGACCAAUAUAUCGGUCUGA